CUUCAACACCACUUGGGAAGUUGGAACACGAUAGGCCCAAAAUAAAAAAAUAAAGCCCAUUAUCAACCCACCAAAAACAAUCUUCCGAAAGGAUCAGAGUGCAGUAGUCAAGCAACACAAAAUCAUUAAACAAUCUUCUUUUCUGUCAACUACAACCCUGAAAAUUUGAUGUGGGAACUCCAUAUCUUACAUACUAAAUCCAGAUAUUAGUACUUUUGCUCUUGAAUUUGAAAAAAAAUGGUGGGUAUGUUGUAAUGUUAAGGCUGUUGGCUCAUCCAAUAUGGCAAUGGCUGCUGCAAUUGGAAUUGGAAUUGGUAUUGGAUUGGCUUCAACAAAACCUCUUGCAAUUUGUCCUCCAUUAAUCUAUUGUGUUACAAAGCUUCCGCGUAUUAGCUCUGUUUCUGCUGUUGAAUCUCCUAAAUCUUCUAAUCCACCAGGUGCUAAAUUGAAUGCACAAGAUUGGAAGAAGUUAAGCUCUAAAGAAUUGGGUAUUACUAAUUCCAUGAUUGAUAAGCCUACUAGAUUUGUUCUCAAAACCCUAAGGAAAAAGGGAUAUGAGGUAUAUCUUGUUGGAGGAUGUGUACGGGAUCUCAUCUUGAAAAGAAUUCCCAAAGAUUUUGACAUCAUCACUACAGCUGAGCUAAAAGAGAUUGUCCGAACCUUUCCUCGUUGCGAAAUAGUUGGCAAGCGAUUUCCUAUCUGCCACGUGCAUGUAGCAGAUUAUGUCAUUGAGGUGUCAAGUUUUAGCACUGUUGCAAGGAAGUCAAGGAGAAACUUCAAGAAUCUUUCGAAAAGGCCUCGAGGUUGUGAUGAGCAUGAUUAUAUUCGUUGGAAAAACUGUGUUCAACGGGACUUCACUAUUAACGGGCUGAUGUUUGAUCCUUACGCAAAGAUAGUAUAUGACUAUAUCGGUGGAAUUGAAGAUAUCAAAAAAUCUAGGGUGCGGACAGUUAUCCCUGCAUUUUCUUCUUUCACCGAAGACUGUGCCCGUAUUUUACGCGGAGUUAGAAUUGCUGCACGCUUAGAGUUUAAGUUUACCAAAGAUUUGGCCGUUUCUUUGAAAGAAUUAUCCUUCUCAGUUCUAAGACUGGACAAGGGAAGGAUCCUUAUGGAGAUGAAUUAUAUGUUGGCUUAUGGAUCCGCUGAAGCUUCUUUAAGGUUACUAUGGAAGUAUGGUCUUUUAGAGAUACUCCUACCCCUACAAGCGGCCUAUUUUGUCUCCCAAGGUUUUCGCAGGAAAGACAAAAGGUCUAACAUGUUACUGUCUUUGUUUUCAAAUCUGGACAAACUCCUUGCACCAGAUCGACCAUGCCAUAGCAGCUUGUGGGUAGGCUUAUUAGCAUUUCACAAAGCAUUGGCUGACCAACCACGACAUCCUUUAGUGAUUGCUGCAUUCUGCCUUGCCAUCCACAAUGGCGGUUCACUUUUAGAAGCCAUAGCCAUUGCAAAGAGCAUCACUCGACCAUAUGAUUCAACGUUCCACGAAUUACUUCAACACGACAGUCAAACUAUGGACAACGAUUUGGCAAAUGACGUAAAAGAUCUUGCUGCUUCUGUUAAAACGGCAUUGUGUCAAAUGACUGACGAGACUAUUGUCUCGAAAGCGAUGGCAAAGUAUCCAAAGGCGCCUUUUUCAGACUUGGUAUUCAUAUCAUUAGCAUUACAGUUGAGGACAGACGGUAUAUUCAGCUGUAUUGUGAAGGGAAGGGGAAAAGGAUUUGUGCCAAAGCUUGGAGCUGAGAUCAACUACGAGUCGUUGGCUACUGGGAACUUACAUGAAGUUCGAUAUUUGUUAUCGAGAAUUAUUUUUGACACUAUUUAUCUUCCGUACUUGGACAAAAAUGUUGAAUAAAUCAAUUGAAAACUCACGUGAAGAAUAGAUUUUUUUGGUUGGUAGGAAACUCUAUCAAAAUAUAGCCUUUUGAUUAUUUUAUGUGAAAACUUUAUUGAUCAAA